AUGAGUGACCCAACGAACCCGCAUAUCAAAGAGCGCGACACAGCCCAAUGGGCUCUGUACCAGCGAGAGAACUUCCUGAAGCAGAGUGAAGGCCAGCUGCCACUAUUCAACACAGACCCCCGAAAGAUGGAAGAAAGAGCCAAAGAGAAGCUGAGCGAGGGCGGCUGGUACUACGCCUCAUCCAACGCCGGCAUGUCAACCACCCACCUGGCAAACCGACAAGCCUUCCACCGGCACCGUCUAAUCCCCAACCAACUAGUCGACACAAACACGCGCUCCACAAAAACCACAAUCUUCAACCACACAGUCUCAGCCCCAAUCGGCUUCGCCCCAAUCGGCAUAAACAAGAUCUACCACCCCUCGGGCGAAUCCGCCGUCGCAACCGUCGCCUCCGAACUCAACCUCCCCUACUGCCUCUCCACAGCAGCAAGCACCUCAAUCGAGAACGUCGCUUCCGCAAACGGCACCGGACCACGCUUCUUCCAGCUCUACAUGCCGCACGACGACGAGCUAACCAUCUCGCUCCUAACACGCGCCUGGGAGAACGGGUUUGACGCCCUGAUCCUCACGACGGAUACGUGGCAGCUGGGCUGGAGACAUGACGACGUUGCGACGUCGAAUUAUGCUUUUUAUCGUGGUUUUGGCGCCGAGAUGGGUCUUGAGGAUCCGGUUUUUCGGAAAAGGUGUCAAGCGGACGGAAUUGAUCCUGAUGUUGACGUUGUGAAGGCGUCGGUUAAGUGGAUUGAUUCGGUCUGGCAUGGACGGGCUUGGGGGUGGGACAAGAUUCCUUGGUUAAUGGAGACUUGGAAGAGGAUCAGUGGAGGAAGGCCGUUUGCCAUUAAGGGGAUUCAGUCGGUGGGGGAUGCCAGAAAGUGUGUUGAGCUUGGGGUUGAUGGGAUUGUUGUGAGUAAUCAUGCUGGGAGACAGGUUGAUGGGGCGGUUGCUAGUCUUGAUGCUUUGGAGAGGAUUGUGGAGGCGGUUGGAGACAAGAUCUAUGUUAUGUUUGAUUCUGGGGUUAGGGGGGCGAGUGAUGUGGUUAAGGCUUUGGCGCUUGGGGCGAGGUUUGUGUUUAUUGGAAGGCUUUGGAUUUGGGGGCUGAGCAUCCAGGGAGAGGAGGGUGUGAGACAUGUUAUGAAGUCAUUGUUGGCGGAUUUGGAUAUCUUGAUGGGGGUUGCUGGGUUCAAUGGGGUUGAUGAUUUCAAUCGUGAUAUUCUGGAGUCGGGUCCGAAGAACUAUACGCUGGCCCCGUAG